GUCACGAAUGGAUUCCCAUAACACAAUGUGCAAGGAUUACAGAGUUACUUCGACUCUGUAAAAUAAAACGAAAAUAGAAAACGUGGACAUGGCCUCCAAACCUCUAAGCGCAGAAUAUGCUAAAUCGGGCAAAGCAGGUUGCAAGGGUUGCGGGAAGUCCAUCAACAAAGGUGAACUUCGCAUAGGAUUUGUUGGCAAAGCGAACUUUGGUGCCACUGCGUGGUACCAUUACGAUUGCAUCUGGACAGACGUGAACAAUUUGAAAUUGAUCGACGCCUCUAAGUCUGCGAAGGAUUUGAUCCUUAAUUACAGUGAGUUAAAGGAUGAAGACAAGAAGAGAGUGGACAAGGAUUUGCCAAAAUUCUGCAAAGAGGCUGCAGAGAAGGCAAGCAAGGCCGAACCGAAGCCGAAGACUGAUAUGGCAGCAGAAUACGCCCCGUCAGCAAAAUCAUCCUGUAAAGGCUGCUCAGAGGCCAUUGGCAAAGGCACGCUACGUCUCGGAUUCCCCGGAAAAGCCAACUUCGGUGCCACCGCGUGGUAUCAUUACGACUGCAUAUGGAAAGACGGCAGUCCAAGUUUGGCGCCAAUUGAUACGUCUAAAAGUUUGGAAAAAAUUGUGUACGGAUUUAAAGACCUGAAAAAAGAACAUCAAACGCUUUUAGAAAAAGACCUCAAGAAAAACUGUAAAUUAGCAGAGGAGAAGGAAUCAAAGCCUAAACCGCCUCCGCUGAAAAUGACCGCGGAGUAUGCUAAAUCGGACAAAUCGGAAUGCAAAGGUUGCGCAGACAAAAUCGUUAAAAAUGCUUUGCGUGUAGGAUUUACCGGAAAGGCAAACUUUGGCGCCGUGGCAUGGUACCACGUGGAUUGUCUAAAGAAAUCUCCUAAGGAGUAUGCAGAGGGCAUCAGGGCUGAUGAGUCUGUAAAACAAAUUGUUGAUGGUUUUGACAAACUGAAAGAAGACGAUAAAAAGAAAGUGGAAAGUGAAGUGAAGACAUUGUUACCAGGAGCAUCGAAACGAAAGUCAGAAGGUGAUGAAAAAUCCUCUCCCGCAAAAAAGACCAAGAAACAGAGAAACUGACCACUGGCCUGUCAUUGGACUUGCUGAAACAUAGGGAUGGACCUGUCAUUUGGAUUUUGACUGAAAUGCUGUUCAUUGAAGACUUGCAUAAUAGCAAAAAUUAUCGAUUUGUUUUUUAUCAUUUUAACCAAUGUACGUAUGUUCAUUUGUUUACACGUGUGCAAUGAAACACUUCUUUAAAUAAAUUUCACCCCACAUAAAA